UAGAUGGCGAUUAAAUUUAGACGUUUACAUAUCCAUAAUUGUGUUUUGAUAAAUUCGUACUUUUGAUCGCACAGUCACAGUAUUUUAAACAAUGGCAGAUAUAUUAGAUGAAACCGUAGAAGCCGAAGAGUUAAAGAAAUUCGAAAAAAUCUACCACGAACAACUUUACAAAAACGAUGUUACAUCAAAGGCACAAUUUGAAUACGGCUGGUGUCUGGUGAGGAGCAAAUAUAAGGCUGACAUACAGAAGGGCAUCAUCCUUCUUGAGGAGCUCUACAGAACUGAUGAGGAAGGGCAAAGGGAUUAUCUAUAUUAUCUUGCAGUGGGAAACGCCAGACUAAAGGAAUACUCUAAAGCACUGAGCUAUGUUAGAUCAUUUUUGUCAGUUGAACCAGGUAAUCAACAGGUUCAAAGUUUGCACCAAACUAUCAAGAAGAGGAUGGAGAAGGAUGGACUGAAGGGCAUGGCAAUGGCUGGUGGUGUUGCUUUGGCUGUGGGCGCUAUUGUAGGAGUAGGAAUGGCACUGGCCAGCAAAAGCAAACCCUAGUCUUCCCCAGGCAGCUAAUUUUUUUUGUCAGUUUUGGCAUUUAAUGUCUAAAGUCGAAUUUUAUAAAUGAUUUUAUUAUUUAUUUGUUUAAAUGUAGAUGAGUUCUGAUACUUUUAACUGUUUUGUAUAUAUAUGUUGUUUUUAUUGUGGUUACCACUUUUCUACAUUUCGCCCUGGAUGCAGCGUUUUAAAUAAAAAAUAGUUGUUGCUAUUAUGGUAAACAUUGUGAUUUAUUAAUUCCUUAGGUUUAAAAUAAUUGUAUUAGUUUUAUAAGCUGUUAUCCAAAAUAUUAAGUUAAAUAUUGUCUGACAUAAUACAUAUCUAUUAUUUUUCCACCCUUGUUAUACAGUGCUAAGAACUGCGCAUAGAGUCUGAUCAUUUAUAUAACACUAAUAUAUUUUACUAAGCUACAGGUGUUAGUUUUUCAGUCAAUAAAAAUUCGUAUAAGCAGA